ACAUGCUAUAAUGUUCUGUACCAUCGCACUGCUCUCACCAGCAUCAUAUCAAGCAUAUUUCCUCCUGUAUUGUAAGAAAUAUCAGUAGUCCAACAGUGUAGUCAGUGUAUUGUUUUUAAUUACUAAGUCUUUGUCGCUCCGUCAUUUUAAUGAUGUCUUUUAUUAGACUUCUUAAUAAUGUUUAAAACCACAUCAACCAUGUAAAAUUUGGUAAUGUAAAGAAUGACGAAAUUAUUACUAUUGUGUUGGCAGAAUACAAUUAUGUUUUAAUCGAGUUAUUAUUGGUAGAAAACUCCUGCCAAAAUGUUUAAGUGUUAACAUUGACAUCGUCUUACAAUGAAGUAUUUUUUUUAAUGUUACGUUACUUGACUUUCUAGUGUUUAUUACAUAUUUCACUCUUCCGGUCAUCGAGCUAAACCACCUAACUGCUCCUUUGACCACUCGCAGUUGCUAGGCAACUUAAAACAAUCAGUAAACCGUGCUUACGGUGCUAUGCCCGCCCCACUCCACCUCUGAUUGGUUCGUACUCGUUGCUGUCGUUGUUUGGAUUGGUUAAAUUAAAAAUUGAGGGCCGCGAUUGGUUGGAGUUCAGGGGACCGACGAGAGAGUAACGUCUCCUCCUGAGAGAAAUAAACAAAAAACGCCGGCCAAGUUGAUGGAGAACAAGCAGAGUUCAGAGUCCGCAGUGCCAGACGUCCACAAGACGAUCAAGGCUGCGUUUGAAGCGUUUGACUAUGAGUCUAACAACAAAGUGGAUGUCAGAACUUUGUUUCUCAGGGAGAUCGGCACCAUCAUUUAUUCCCUGGGAUGCUUCCCCACUCAGGCAGACCUACAUGACCUAAUAGCCCAGGUUGAGGACCAAACUGGAUACAUCCAUUUGGAAAAGUUCCUCCCAGCCAUGACCAAAGUGCUGAUGGAGCACAAGUUCCCCUCUGUCCCAGAGGACCUGCUGCUUCAAGCCUUUGAGGUCCUGGACAAGGGAAAGAAAGGGUACUUGGAGCAUGCAGAGCUGGCAAAGUACAUGACACAUGAAGGUGAGCUCUUCACUCAGGAGGAGAUGGAUGAGAUGCUGACAGCACUCGCUGACCGCGAGAACAACCGUGUCUAUUACAAAGACUUGAUCAACCAGUGGACCAUUGACCCAGACAUGUAGACAAUGUCACAGUCUGUGUGUGUGUUUAUGUUCAUGCCUGCAUUAUUUCAAGUUUUAGUAAAUACAUAUUUGUGUUUCAAUCCCAAACUUGUUUUUCCAUAAAUGUCUUUUUUUUCACAUGAAAUGCAAUUUCUUCUCAAUCUGGCAGAUUUAGGAAAUGUAUUGGUGCAGGACUGGUUCAUCUUCAGGUCAAACAUGCAAGUUUUCAUCCUUCCAUCAAUUUACAUAUUGUAGCCAAGCUCAUUUUUCUUGAAGCCUAAGUGUUGGUGAAUGUCUGUGCACAGCAGGAGGUGAUGUUAUAAACCUUUUGCUGGAGUCAUGGACAGCUGAUCAAGGAUAGAGCUUUAAGAAAAAAUAACAACCCUAGACGUUGAAAAAACCUUAACCCAAUUUUGUAUGUCUUUUCA